AGAACUCAAAAUCAAUGUUGAAGGUGGCCGUUGUCGGAGCCGGACUCUCCGGGCUAAUCGUGGCUCGGGAGCUCCAACGAGAAUCCCAUGAAGUCGUGGUUUUAGAAAAAUCACAUCGAUUGGGUGGAGUUUGGGUCUAUGAUCCAAGGAUCGAGUCUGAUUUACUGGGGUUUGAUCCAGAUAGAGAAAUUGUUCAUGCUACAAUUUACAAAUCUUUACGUACAAAUAGUCCGCGCCAGAUAAUGGGAUUUUCAGAUUAUGCAUUCCAAGGGAAAGAAUACGGUGAUCCUAGGAUGUUUCCCGGGCACCAAGAGCUUCUAAGAUACUUGGAAGAUUUUGCGGAAACAUUUGGAGUAACGAAACUCAUUAGGUUUAAUUCGGAGGUCAUCCGAGUCGAAUCACUGAGCCCGGGAAAUGAGUUUGUGGUCGAGUCAAAGAAGAGUGGGCUGAGUUUGGGUUCGAGUUCAACCUUGACUGAGAUCUUUGAUGCAGUGGUUAUUUGUAAUGGUCAUAACACUCAACCUAGGGUGGCUGUUGACAUUCCUGGAAUCCUCGAAUGGUCUAGGAAGCAACUUCAUGCUCAUAACUAUCGAGUUCCUGAACCAUAUCGAGAUCAGGUUGUGGUUAUAAUAGGGAAUGGGUCGAGUGCAUAUGACAUAUCUAGGGAAAUAGCGGUUGUCGCCAAAGAAGUUCACUUAUCGUCAAGAUCGCCAAACGUUAAGGUCUCAAAACUAGACAAAUAUAAUAAUAUAUGGCAGCAUUCGAAGAUCGAUCGUGUUUUCAAAGAUGGCACAAUACAGUUUCAAGAUCAUGUCUCCAUUACUGCAGAUACCAUCAUUCAUUGUACCGGGUAUGAAUUUCAUAUUCCAUUUCUUAAAACGAAUGGCAUUGUAAGCAUCAACGACAGCCGAGUUAGGCCUAUUUACGGACAUGUUUUCCCUCCACAACUUGCUCCUAGACUAUCUUUUGUCGGCUUAUUUAAUAUGGGUAUGACGUUUCUUCCAGCCGAAUUGCAGUCAAAAUGGAUAGCUCGAGCAUUAUCAGGGACGAUCUCUUUGCCGUCAGAAAAGGAAAUGUUGCAUAACAUCGAACAUUUUUAUCGACAAAUGGAAGAGAGGGGAAUCCCCAAGCGUAACACUCAUUCUCUUAAUCAUAACAUGGAUUACUUGGAUUGGUUAUCAGACCAGUUAGGAAUAACACGACCUCCACAAUCAUUGAAAGUCUUCUAUGCUCGUUUUAUAAAACAUUUUCAUAGUGAUCAUGAAGGGUUCCGUGAAACGUUUGAAGACAAUUGUUUAAUCAAUGAUGAGAUAUAAACCAUUUGACCACUCUUAUCUUU